AGUAAUUCUUCAAAAGGGCUAAUGAGACUUUUGUAAACAAACUUAUUUCGCUCAUUAUUCCGCUACCGAGUUGAGUUUCAUGAAAAAUACACAUGAAUCAACAUCUUUAUCCUUGGUAGAAUCAAUUUCAAAUGUUUUCUGUGUUGAAAUGAUAACAAAUUAGGAGAAAUCAGCAAAACAAAAGUUUGUUUACAAAUCUUAUUAGCCCUAUUCAAAUGUUGAUAUGGAAUUACUGUGAAAGUAAAAUAAAGUACACAUUCUAGUAAGAUGUCCAAUGUCAAUGAUCCUGAACUACAAGUGAAAGUCCGAAAAACGACUGAAAAAAUCUCGGAAAACAUGCAUAUAAUCGCAAACGAACCGAGUUUGGCAUUCUAUCGAAUACAGGAACACGUCCGGAAGGUGAUACCUCUUAUCGUCGAUCGUCGAGGGGAAGUGUAUCAGCUGCAAAAAGAUUUGCAGGGCAAAUGCUACGAUAUGGAGUACGCGAUUAGUGCCAUCAAAGAGAUUGAGUCUGCGGACCAAUCGUUGAAAAACAUACAGGAAUCGUUGAAAAAUGCCAUAUUUCUCAAACAGCAGCUCAAGUACGUAGAAUCGCGACGCCCUAAAAAGGAUUCCAACAGUUCCGUCUACAAGCGACUGUCGGCGCACAUAACACUAGACUUGCCGGACCUGCCGGAUAUUUCCGGAGUGGUGCGGGAAACCACGAACCGCGUGGAACACAUUAUGUCAUCCGCGAGAAGCUCUUCCAACAGCACCGGAUCGGGCCCGACGGAGCUUCAGCGAUCCUACACGACAUUGCAUUGAACUGUUGUUUAAUGAAAUUGAUAGUUUCUGUGUUUUUGUUUUAUUUAUAAUGUGACUGAUUAUUUCUUCAUUAAUUAGAACACGUAUGCGUUAAUAUGUAUUGUUAGGCUGUAAACAUUUUCCAAUGGACAAAAAACAUUACUCCAAAUCACAGGAGAUAGUCGAAGUGUGCGCUCCAAUAAAUAUCAAGAAUGAAGGAAAUAGCACCGCUGCUUAGAAUAAUGAAAUGUUUUUUAUGUUAUUACGUGUGAAAUAUAAUCUAAUUCCUAAAAUA